CUCUCCCGCCAUCCAACACAAAUGACCUCUCUACCAGAAUCUCAAACCUCUACUCUACUAGAUAUCGUCGCUAUAGCAGACAACUUCCCUCCCUUCCCAACUCCCUAUCCCACUCAUCAUCCAAUAACAUUAGAACCAUACGUCCCCUUUCACCUCACCCAAGAAGAUUAUCAAAAUCAUUUAUCUCCCGUUGGUCUAGUACGUUCUCCCGUACUGGACGAACUACUCAAUCUCAACUGUCCAGACUUUCUUUUCAUCCGAUCGUCAUCACCCGGAGAAGACGGAAGAUGGAAGAAUGAUGUGGACUGUGUUUGUUUCUCGUCGGAAGUGGUCAAAGGGGGACAUGAGGAGAAGGGCAGGGUGAUGCAAUCUCUUGCGGAGCGAUGGAGGGAUGAAGGAAAGUUUAUGAGUCGUCUUGAGGGAUGGAGAAACGAGAAAUAUAUGAUUUACGCCGAUCCGAGAUCAUCAGCUUUCAAGACAAUACCAAUAGGAACGAUGAGUAAUGGAGCGUUCUCUUUGGAAAGAGCUGCAUGUGCACUAUUUGGAUUUAUGACUAAUGGUGUGCAUAUGACUGCGUACGAAGGAGAAGGAUCUUCCAUGAAGAUUUGGGUCCCAAGGCGAAGUCCCACCAAACCUACCUGGCCUAGUAAACUGGACAACAGCGUAGCUGGGGGAAUACCAGCAGGUAUGGAUCCUCUUACUUGUAUGAUCAAAGAGUGUGCAGAAGAGGCGAGUUUGCCAGAAGAUUUGGUUCGGAAAAGAAUACGAAAUGUAGGAUCCGUAUCGUAUUUCUACAUCACCCCUGAUGGUUAUCUACAACCUGAGAUAGAAUACACAUAUGACCUUUCUUUACCACCUCGUGAUUCUGUGGAAUACGUCGAACCACAUCCAUGUGACGAUGAAGUGGAAUCUUUCGCCUUGAUGAGUAUCCCAGAAGUACUAGACGCCUUACAUGACAGACAAUUCAAACCGAAUUGUGGUCUCAUCCUCGUGGAUUUCUUGAUUCGACAUGGCUUCGUGACACCGGAGAACGAACCGAAUUUACAUUCGACGGGAGUGAGGAUGCACCGUCAAUUAGGAGUGGCAGUACCUUCUACUUGA